AUGUCUUUUGAUUAUCAAGGGCUUGCCCAGCAGUUUGUGAACCACUACUACAGCCAGUUCAGUGCGGACCGUGGCUCUCUGGCCCCUCUGUACCGUGAUCACUCGAUGCUGACCUUUGAGCGUGAUCAGGUUCAGGGCACUCAGGCUAUCGUCGAGAAGCUCACCUCUCUGGGUUUCCAGAAAGUCCAGCACGAGAUUGCCACGCUCGAUGCCCAGCCCGGCACACCUGGUAACCGUGAUGUUAUUGUUAUGGUCACUGGCAAGCUUUUGAUUGACGACGAGCCGACCCCUAAGGGCUACUCUCAGGUCUUCCACCUUAUUCCCGAGGGCGACUCUUACUACGUAUACAAUGAUAUCUUCCGUUUGGUAUUCUAG